UGUUCAGAAUAACAACAUAAGGUGUUUAAUGUUACAUAUGAUUUUUCUAUUGUCAAAAAUAAUAGUUUAAUGUUGCAAGCAAAUAUCUUGUUACAUGGUUUAUAAAUGUCCAUUUCCUCCAAUGUUAUUACGAAGAAACCAUUGAUGAUAAGUUUGAACUAGUUUAAUGACAUGGCUCUUGAUAAUUUGUUUUUGUUCAUUGGCAUUUCACAUGGGUUUUGCUCAUGGAAAUUUAAGGUUAAAUAUAUAUCUUUCUUCAAUAUUAGAGCCUAGAAAACUCUAAACAAAAAAUAAAGGAACAAAGUUUCAGCAAUAAUGUUUUAUUAUCAUUUAUCAAGUCCCAGGUCAUGAUGUUUAACGAAGAUCCAUUCUGAUGUGAAAUGAUGCAUUCUCCCAGUCUCUAUACAUUUAUAUCUUAAAAUGUUAAACUUUUGGUGGACUAGCAGAUGAUCAUUACCAAAUUAGAAGUCAGAAAAUUCCAAUUCCUCAAGGUAAAAGUUCUUUAAAGAAAAGAAUUAAAAGAUCAUGUUCAAGGAAAAACCUUGGUUGCUCAUAUUAAGGGAACUUCGUAUUCAUACUUUCUUACUAUUGAUAACAGGUAGCAUCGUCUUAAGACAUCAGAUGCAUUGGCAGAUAGCAUCUUAUUUCCCAUUGCCUAGUGGUGUAUGGCUUGAUUAUAACUAUCUAUCAAUGCUUUUGCUGACAUCUUCAGCCAAAUCGUUUACUGAUUCUGCAGUGUUUUUGAAAGAAUAGUCUUCACACUAAAUGCUUGAAAAUGUGGCAAUAAUGGGGCUAUAUGGACAGUAGAAUAUGACAGGAAGCAAUUAUCUAUAUACAACUUUCAAACAGACUAAAAAUACUAAUCACCUUAAGUUUCAUUCCUGGAGUUUGUAGUCAUCUUCAUGACAGUUUUGGCUGACAUAAUCAACAGGGUCCAUCACUCAUAUCGUUCCAUAUUGAUGUUGUCUUCCAAGUCAAUGUUGGUGUCGACUCCUGAUUGGUGAACUUGUCAUUUGCAGGAGACACUUUAACUGAGUCAUACCAUUGCCCAAUUCAUACUUCUAUUCCAGUGUCUUAUCAAUCUUGACUAGUUAAUCAGGGUGGAGAUAGGCAAUGGUGGACUAGUACAGGCCACUGGAGUGGAUGUAGAAAUGAACUGGUCAGGUUCGCAACCCAUGCUAUUGGCGGGUGUUGUUGUUCUUCAGAACCAUUCACUGUCCAAUCAUUCUCCAAAGUCCAAACUGCUUUGAUUUCACUUUCUACCUCUGUUGUUGAGGAACUAGCUAGGGAAAUUACACCUAUCAGUGUUUAUACUCUUGCAUGACAUUUUUUUGAACAUUUGUCAUAGUUUAACGCCGGUGGCAACAUAACGCAACCCUCCUCCUUUAUUCGGAUUUGGGACCGGCCAUGACCGGUUUGUCAUGGGCGGAAUUUACUCUUGCAUGACAUCACCAAGGAAAAUUGCUUCAUAUUUUGAGCCUAAGCUAGAUUGCUUGGAAGCUGCAAGGACAUGUGUUGGAUAUCAAUUGAUGCAAGUGAAACAACACAGAUUUUCUUUUAUUUUCUCUCUCUUCAAACUAUUGUCAGGAUGUAGUUGAAAGCAAAGUUUGAAAUCUUUGUUCUGAUUUAGGGUUUUGGUUCUCAACCAGCACAAGAUUUGCUGGCUAUGCCGGUGCCCGUGCCAAUGCCAGUCCCUAUGGGUGUGUUGACUAUGACCCUAUGCAGAGAAGAGAACUAGGCACAAAGGAGGGAGGAUGUCUGGUAAUAGGUGAUGAAGAAGGAGAACUAAGCGAAGAAGGUGGAGUAGUCACGUACAACAUACCUCGUGGAAGCUGAGAUCAAAAGAUGCUCUUUUACGGUCCUUGCGGAAGACACUGGCUGCUCAUAGAAGAAGCUCGUGAAGGACAUGUGAUUCAAGAGCUUCUUGCAAGCAAUUAGCAAUUGGGAAAUGGUGGAUGAGUGGAUUCGGAGAUCUUGGAGUUUCUCACGAGGAAGAAUGAGUGAAAUUUUAGCUUUCUGAGUUUCUCGUGGUGAAGGAUGAGUGAUAAAGGUAGUAGUUUCACUCAUCCACUUGCAUAUCGGCAGUUUCAUAGUUUCUUGUGUGUUGAUUGAAGGUGGAAAGAAAAAUUACACCUGUGCUAACCGGCACGGAAUGAGAUAUAAAACCAUGCAUGUUACUACAUAUAAUUGUGUAUGUAACUAAGAACAAUGAGAUGUUGUUCCAAAGCAGUUACUACAAGUAGUUGAUUGUUGAUAAUAGACUUCAUAUAUUGAUGCUGUUCUAGCACGUAGCAACAGGCAAUUGAUUCCUGACAAAGAUUAGCGAAGUCUGCCUCUUUGUUAUUGCGCUUACCCAAGAUAGUUCAUUUGUGUUCUUUCAGAUAGGUUGUGAUAGCAGCAUAAAGUAGAGCUCCAUAGAGGUAAUAAGCAUGCCUAUUCAGCCAGUUUGGUCAUGUAAUGACAUCACAAUCAACUAGCCAAGCUUCCUACUCAUCAUGGUUGAUGGCGAGCCAUAAGGUUGGAUCCUAUUUAUUAGAUAUUGUUUCAAAAUGGAAAGGAAACUCGUAAGGGUAUGAUGGAGGUUGGAAGGCAACAUCUGGUAAGUCCACAUCGAUACCUGAUCACGUGUUAAGAAUGAACUUUUCAAGUAAAAGAAUAAAGUUGUGGUACCAAACUGACCCAUGCUAUCUAUUAUUCCUUUGGAAGGUUGAAUUGACUUUCCAUGUUAAUCAUUAUCCUCCUUGUUUAUAUAUUUCACCAUUUGAUUGUAUUUUCCCUCUCAUCAGGGCCGUCAUGAGCAUCUUGAGCAUGGUGGAGGCACAGCUACCUCCAGGGUUCAGGUUCCACCCAAGGGAUGACGAGCUCAUCUGCGAUUACCUUGCAUUAAAGCUCACUGGAAACAAUAUCAGGAGCUUCAAUGGCUGUCCUAUGAUGGUGGAUGUUGAUCUUAAUAUGUGUGAGCCAUGGGAUCUCCCUGCUAUUGCAUGUGUGGGGGGGAAGGAAUGGUACUUCUUCAAUCUCCGGGAUCGAAAGUAUGCGACAGGACAGAGAACAAACCGUGCAACCAUGUCAGGCUACUGGAAGGCCACCGGAAAGGAUAGGUCAGUGACACGGCAGAAUGUACAUGUUGGGAUGAGGAAGACUUUGGUGUUCUACCAAGGAAGAGCUCCCAAGGGAAAGAAGACAAAUUGGGUCAUGCAUGAAUACCGCAUGGAAGAUUCUGCUGUUGCUGCAACCCAAAAGAUAUUUUCCUUCCAGCAGGAUGAUUGGGUCCUUUGUAGAGUUUUCUACAAGAGCAGAGAGAUGCCCACCAAGCCCAGCAUGGAGACAAGCCAAUAUGAUUCAGGCCGCCGGACCCUCCCCCCUCUCGUCGAUAACUAUAUUAACAUUGACCAAACCCCACUAAACAUGGAAGGGUUUGGGCAGGUGCCCUGCUUCUCCAGUAUAAUUCCACAUCUGUCGUCGUCGGAAAGGGGCAUGCCACUAACAAGAUGCUUUCAUCAAAUGACUGGCCUGCCUAACUUGGGCUAUCGAUUGAACCAGCUCGACAGUGACAGAAAGCUCACGAAAUCAGUACUGAACUGCUUAGCCAAGAUGGAAGGCGACCCAAAGCAAGCACUGGUGCAAAAUUUAGUGGAAGGGUGCUUUGGCAGUUGCUCAACACAGCGUGGCCUCCCACCAGCUUGGAAUCCUUUUUUAUAAGGCUGCUGCAGAAUUAUAACAAAUAAAAGUAUUCCACAUGUCUAUGCCACAACUAUCCCCCAAAUGCUUGAUGAUUGGAUAAGUCUAAGAACAUUGCAGAACAUGAAGAUGAAGGCUACUGUUUGAUUAUGCAAGUUGUGUUAUUCAACUCAGUUUGCUUACUGAGUGGAAGUUAUGCAUUAGAUAUUAUUACUUUUAGCUUACUUUCUUUUAAGAAUAAAAGAAAACAUAAAAUGAGGUGACUUAUGUGUAGAAAGUGAUAUCAUUACAUCAUGGUGAACACAAAAUGAGCAGAUUCCUGUGUCUCUAGUAAUAAGCUAGUGAAGAACCAAAAGUAUAAUAGUCAUAUUUGGCAAAGGACAAAUGGAUUCCAUGAUUGAUCCACAAGUAUAAUAGUCAUAAUUGACA